UUAAAAUUCCCGGCGAAGGCAUCGCGUGCCGACCUCUCCUCUACCCCAGUGGUGGCUGGCCUUUCAAAAGUGUGCAGUUGUCUCCUCCCUGUCCAGCCCACGGCUGUCCCAGGACCCGCUGGGCGGCGAGCGGCCCGCGGCUGCAGCCCUGCACAGCGUGCUCUGCACCCAGGCGCCUCGGCUUGCAACCCCGCUGGCUCUGCAAAGUUGGGAAGCUCCAGGGACGCGUUGCCGGGUGGCUUCUCCUGCGGGUCACCCGCGCCCCAGCCUCCCACGCUCCUGUCCCAGAGCCUCCGCAGCCAGCACCCCUCUUGGGUCCUCCUCCCUAAAGCGCCACCAUGCUGCUGCGGGGCGUCCUGCUGCUGGUGCAAGCCCUGCAGUUUGCCGGUGCCCUGGACCUGCCCGCUGGCUCCUGUGCCUUUGAAGAGGACACUUGUGGCUUUGACUCGGUGUUUGCGUUUCUGCCAUGGAUUCUAAAUGAGGAAGGCCAUUAUGUUUACGUGGACACUUCCUUUGCCAAGCAGGGGGAGAAAGCUGUGCUGCUCAGCUCUGACUUGCAGGCUGAGGAAUGGAGCUGCCUGCGCUUGGUCUACCAGAUAACGACACCUCCAGGGUCUGUGUCAGAUCCCAGCCAGCUGAACCUCUACGUGAGAUUUGAGGACGAAAGCUUCGAUCGCUUACUUUGGUCAGCUAAGGAGCCUUCAGACAGCUGGCUUAUCGCCAGUCUGGAUCUGCCACACAGCAAAAAGAAAUUCAAGAUUUUGAUAGAAGGUGUCCUAGGACAGGGAAACACGACCAGCAUUGCCCUCUUUGAAAUCAAGAUGACAACUGGGUACUGCAUUGAAUGUGACUUCGAAGAAAACCAUCUCUGUGGCUUUGUUAACCGCUGGAAUCCUAACGUGAACUGGUUUGUCGGAGGAGGAACUACUCGGAACACUCACUCCAUCCUACCACAGGAUCACACCUUCAGGACCGAGCUGGGUCACUAUAUGUAUGUGGACUCAGUUUACGUCAAACAUUUCCAGGAAGUGGCCCAGCUCAUCUCCCCAAUGACUACGGCUCCCAUGUCUGGCUGCCUGUCCUUCUAUUAUCAGCUCCAACAGGGGAAUGACAGUGUCUUCUCUCUUUACACUCGGGAUGUGACUGGCCUGUACGAGGAGAUCUGGAAAGUAGACAGUCCAGGCAAUACUGCCUGGAACCUUGCAGAAGUCGAGUUCAGUGCUCCUUACCCUAUGGAGGUUAUUUUUGAAGUUGCUUUCAAUGGUCCCAAAGGCGGUUAUGUUGCCCUGGAUGAUAUUUCUUUCUCUCCUGUUCACUGCCAAAGUCAGACAGAGCUUCCUUUCACUACUGUGGAAAUAAGAUGCAAUUUCGAAGAAGAUCUCUGCAACUUUUACCAAGAUAAAGAAGGUCCAGGUUGGACCCGAGUGAAAGUAAAGCCCAACAUGUAUCGGGCAGGAGACCACACAACAGGAGUAGGAUAUUACUUGCUGGCCAACACCAAAUUUACAUCCCAGCCUGGCUACAUUGGAAGGCUUUACGGACCCUCUCUGCCAGGAAACUUGCAGUAUUGUUUGCGUUUUUAUUAUGCCAUCUAUGGGUUUUUGAAAAUGAGUGACACCCUAGCAGUUUAUAUCUUUGAAGAAAAUCAUGUGGUUCAAGAGAAGGUCUGGUCUGUGCUUCAGUCUCCAAGGGGUGUUUGGAUGCAAGCUGAAAUCGCCUUUAAGAAGCCCAUGCCUACCAAGGUGGUUUUCAUGAGCCUAUGCAAAAGUUUUUGGGACUGUGGGCUUAUAGCCCUGGAUGAUAUUACAAUACAGUUGGGAAACUGCCAGUCUCCAGAGAGACUUCUACCUCCACCUGGAGAAUGCACUUUCGAUCAAGAUGAAUGUGCAUUUACACAGGACAAAAGAAACCGGAGAAGCUGGCACAGAGGAAGGGGAGACACUCCCACUUCCUACACAGGACCGAAGGGAGAUCACACUACUGGGGUAGGCUACUACAUGUACAUAGAGGCUUCCCAUAUGGUAUAUGGACAAAAAGCACAUCUCUGGUCCCAACCUCUGAGAGGCGUUCCUGGGAAACACUGCUUGACCUUUUUCUACCAUAUGUAUGGCGCAGGAACUGGCCUGCUGAGUGUUUAUUUAAAAAAGGAAGAAGACAGUAAAGAGUCCCUGUUAUGGAGAAGGAGAGGGGAGCAGAGCAUCUCCUGGCUGUGGGCUCUGGUUGAAUACACCUGCACAAGGCAACACCAGAUAAUUUUUGAAGCCAUUCGAGGAGUGUCAAUAAGAAGUGAUAUUGCCAUUGAUGAUGUUAAAUUUCAGGCAGGACCAUGUGCAGAAAUGGAAGAUACAAACCAACAAUCAUCAGGAUAUUAUGAGGAUUUAAAUGAUAUUGAGUAUUAAAAAUGAUCUGAAUUGGAUUAAGGAGACAAAAGCUAUGACUCUCUUCAAUCAAAAUGAAAACACAACAAAUAAAUACUGGAUAGUCUUAACCAUUGCAUAAGUUGAAAUGACUUCAGAGCAUCCUCUUUCAUUACUUUCGUAGAAAAAAAAA